UUUCAUCUUACCUGUUCCUCGAUCCAGCCGCGCGCUGUCUUCCCGGCUUCUGUAAUGGCGCUCGGCAUGACAGCCGGGUGCCCAGUGCGCAUGAGCAAGAAGCACUUGCGCUUUGUGAUUGGUCCAGCGGCUUCUGGGAUCGGUCAUGUGUCCCAGGUACCGCCUUACCAUUCACAAAAAGCACCGCUUCUUGCGCAUGCGCACUUGGCACCCGGCUGUCAUGCCCAGUGCCCACACUACAGAAGCCGGGAAGACAGCGCGCCGCUGGAUAGAGGAACAGGUAAGGUCCCGCUGCAGAGCUGAGCGGCCGGCCCGGCAUUCUGCACGGCGGUGGUGGAAAUACCGGACCGGCCGCUCUAUAUUGACUCCAUAAGACGCACUGACAU